UGGACGGGCGUAUUGAUGUGCAUAAAAUUUAAUAAAAUUCAUAAUUAAACUAUAUAAAAAUGUUUUAUAAAUUGUAAAAGUGUUUCCUUACACUUGUAGAAAACAUUUUGUAUCCGUUUACGUGAUCUAAAUUGGGCUAAAUGUGUCCAUAAAAGCUCCUUGUAGUAAACACGUUAUUUUCCAUUUUUAAUUCCUAUUUAUAAGGUUCAAUGUAUAUUGUGUGCUGUGUAGACAUUUUAGCGUGAAAAGAUAUUGCAAUCUAUUCAUAAGGGUAGGUUUUGAAAAUGGCUGACAUGAUACGUGCCAUGGGGGCGCCGAUAGGACCCCCUAUGAAGGAUAAGUUGGGAUCACCAUCGACGGAAUCGGAGGACGGUGGGAACGACAUAGCGGAGCUGGCCGCUGACCUAGAACUCGACGAAGCAGACGGACCUAGCACUAAUGGGGAAAGACAAGCAGUUUUGGCGCCACCUGAGACAGAGUGGUACCAUGGACGUCUUGACAGGUAUACCUCUGAGGAACGACUGUGGGCAGCCGGAAAACAUGGCAGUUAUUUGGUUCGCGAAAGUGAUCGCAAGCCGGGAUCUUACGUGUUAAGCUACUUGGGGCGAACCGGCAUCAACCAUUUCAGGAUAACAGCGGUCUGCGGCGACUACUACAUCGGCGGUCGUCAGUUCGACUCCCUGGCCGAACUGGUGGGCUUCUACAGCCACUGCUCCGAUCUCCUGAAACGGGAGCGGCUAGUCGAACCCGUGCCUCCUCCGGAACCCGUCAACGAUAAGAAGCGCGUGGUCGCGAUCCUGCCGUACACCAAGAUGCCGGACACGGACGAGCUGACGUUCCAGAAGGGGGACAUCUUCUUCGUCCACAACGACAUGGGCGACGGCUGGCUCUGGGUCACCGCGCACAGAACCGGUGAGCAAGGAAUGAUCUUCAGGGAGCUAGUGGAAGACCUGGAUCCAUCCAUUGACCCCAACACGGUGUUCUCGUGGUUCCACCCCAACUGCACCAAGAGCGAAGCGGUGGAUAUGCUGGUCAAGGCUGGACCGGGGAGCUUCUUGGUCAGGCCAUCUGAUAACUCGCCUGGUGAUUACUCCCUGUUCUUCCACAUCAACAACCAGAUCCAAAGGUUCCGGAUUGAGAAGAAGGGCGUCAGAUACCUCAUGGGCGGGCGUACCUUCGAGUGCUUGGAUGCCGUCAUCAACAGAUACAGAAAGGAGCAGAUUGUAGAAGGACACACUUUGGGACAGCCUCUGAUAGCAGAAGGCCAUCAAAUAGAACCCCAGCAGAAUGCGACGGGAGCGGCUGCUGAGAAGAUAUACGCCACUCUCAGGGAAUGCCGUGAUCAGAUCGGCUUGAAGAAGAUGAAGGGUAUCAAACACCAAGGCUACCUCCACAAGAAGUCAGACAAGGGUGCCAAGAAGUGGAAAGCGUUGUACUUCGUUCUGCUCCAAGAGGGAACGGAUACGCAUUUGUACUUCUAUGACUCUCCGAAGCGAACCAAGCCGAAGGGUCUUAUUGAUCUCUCGUGCGCUUAUCUAUAUCAGGUGCAUGAAUCCCUAUGGGAGCGGGAGUUCUGUUUUCAACUGGUAGAGCGCGCUCUACCUUGCCUGUCGACGCAUACGUUUCUCGCGGCCGCUUCGUCCUCAGAUCUGCGGGAUUGGCUGAACGCGCUGCGACCGCUCUGUGUGCCGCAGCAGGCGAGGCAUCAUUGCAAGGUGGCGCGCGUAGUAUGGCUACGUGCGUUACGCGUACGCUGCGUGACCGCUCACCGUCUGCCCGCUCGGCUGGCGCCGCGCCCGCAUCUACGUCUCGCGCUCGGCGCCGCCCCCGUCGCCCGCACGCGGCCCCGCCCCUCGCCCGAUCCGCACUGGGACGACGAGUUCUUCUUCGAUGAUGUCCCACCAGAUGUAACUUCCUUUACUAUCACCGUUCAUAAUACCGGAAAGAGAGGAAAAGAGUCUGAAGUGGCAGAGCUGACAAUAGAGUUGGCGAAUUUAGCGAAUGGAGAAGAGGUUGAGGAGUGGUAUCCUCUAGCGGGCAUGACGCCUAUUGGGGAGUGGGGGUCGCUACGGUUGCGUAUAAGAUACAUGCAAGAGCUGGUUAUGCCGCGCGAGGAGUACAAUCCGCUGCGGCAGCUGCUGCUUGAACCCGGCCUGCCCGCUGUCAAGGCGCUGGCUGACCUCUGUCGCACAGACAGACAGCCGCUGGCCACAUCGGUGCUGCACGCAUUCUCGGAAUGUGGGCGGGGGGCGGAGCUAGCGCGCGAGCUGGCGGCGGGCGAGCUAGCGCGCGAGAGCGACCACCGCGCGCUAUUCCGAGGCGCGUCGCUCGCCACCGCCGUGCUAGAUCAGUUCAUGCACGCGCUCUGCAAGCCCUUCCUCCAGGCGGCGAUAGCUGAAACUGUGCAGAAGCUCAUCGACGCCAAACAAUCGGCAGAGCUGAACCCCACCAAAAUGGACUCGCCCGACGAUGCUUGUAACAACGCCGAGUUUCUUCUCAUGAUACUGGAUCAGAUAACGCUGUCGAUAUUCACGUCGCCGGAGUCGUGUCCGCGGCCGGUGCGCUACCUAUGCGGCUGCCUGCAGCGCGCCGCCGUCGCCAAGUGGCCGAACGAGAGAUUCGUGCGCACGAGAGUCGUCUCAGGGUUCAUAUUCCUCCGGCUGAUCUGCCCGGCGCUGGUGGAGCCGCGCGCGUGGGGCCUCGUCGCGGGCUCGCCGCCGCCGCACGCGCAGCGCUCGCUGCUCAUGGUCGCCAAGUGCCUGCAGAAUCUCGCCAACCUUGUCGAGUUCGGUGCCAAGGAGCCAUAUAUGGAAGUAGUGAAUCCGUUCAUCUUGAAGAACAAGGAGCGCAUGGUUGUGUUUCUGGACCAACUGAGCAACGUGCAAGACCCUGGCAACACUCCGCCAAACUCCAACAACAAUUUUGAUAUUGCCAAGGAGCUAGCUACGAUCCACCACAUAUGCGUGUCGCAUCUCUCCGAGCUACAGACGCUGGCGAAGACUCAGCCGGCGAUACGGAAACUGGUGACCGUCACCGAGAUGCUCACUAAACACAAGCACAAGUAUCUCGAGAUGAUCAGAUAGAAUACGCCUUAGUGACGCAGUUUCAGGGUAACGAACACUUAAAGGACAGUAGCGGUAGUGAGUCAGCGGUCUCAUUUAGUCGUGUCGGUGUAGUCAUUGUUAGCUUUAGCUUUUCUAAGUCGCAGGAUUGUUUCAGAGGUCUAUCGUGCCAAAACGAUACACGUAAUAUAAGUUUUAAUCAAGUCAGGGGCCGCACCACGAAACCGUUUUGAGACUCAAACAAUCGUACGAGAA